AUGCCUCGUUCAAAGCGUGCGCGCAUCGUCCACGAGUCGAAGACUGCCAAGAAAGAUCACAAGGAGCAGACCCGUCGUCUGUUCGCCAACAUCCGGGAAUGUAUCGAAGAAUAUGAUCACCUUUUCGUCUUUUCAGUCGAUAACAUGCGAAACACUUAUCUGAAGGAUGUGCGCACUGAAUUCGCCGACAGCCGUGUCUUCUUCGGCAAGACCAAGGUUAUGGCCAAGGCUCUGGGCCAGACUGUCGAAGAUGAGGCCGCUCCCAACCUGCGCAAACUCACUCCUUUCCUCACCGGUGCCGUUGGAUUGCUCUUCACUUCCCGCACUUCGGAAUCAGUUGUCUCCUACUUCGAGACUUUCCGUCCCCAGGACUUCGCCCGCGCUGGAACCGUGGCCACCCGCUCUUUCACCAUUCCCAACGGUCUGGUUACCGCACGGGGCGGCGAGAUCCCCACCGAUCAGGAUGAGCCCGUCAGCCACACCAUUGAGCCCGCGCUCCGCAAGCUCGGUGUCCCCACCCGUCUGGUGAAGGGCAAGGUUAUGCUCGAGCUGGUCGAGGGCCAGGAGGGCUACCCCGUUUGCAAAGAGGGAGAGACAUUGGAUUCACGACAGACCACAUUGAUGAAGAUGUUCGGUAUCACCUCGUCCGAGUUCAAGGUCGAACUUAAGGCCUGCUGGACCCGCAGUACCGAGGAGGUCAAGAUCUUCGAGUCUGAGGGUGGAAUGGAUGUUGAUGCAUAG